GUUCCUGAAAUGAUUGAAUCAAUGUCAAAAUGACUGUGAAGUCAUCGCUGUGUAGUUAAAUGUCCCAAAAGCAUUAUUUUAAGUGACAUAAUCUAGUGUUACAUGUCCCUUUUCAUACAAGUAGCUCAGAUUAAUCCCAGCUCUAUAAUUGAUAACAUAAUUCAAUGCUCUGUCACAUUGGAAUCUAUUACUAUCUAUGAGUUGCACUUUUAAUCUGUGGAGCCAGUAAGUUCUUAUAACAUUCUUGUAAGAUUCAACUCUGCAAGUGAGAGUUUAUAAGCCAUUAUUGGACCCGGUCUUCUCAAAUUUAUGCCUGCAUUUACUUUUGCCAAGACAAAUAAACCCUGGAGGUUAAAUUCCAUUACAAAAUACUAUAAACUACAGCCUGCGUGACAUUAAUGGUCCAUUGGUGCAUGAGACAUUUUUCCUAAAACUGCUGUCACACAUAUAUAAAGUUAUUGCAAACAUGGGAUGGACCUACUGUGUAAUAUGGUUUCUGUUUUUGUCAGUGAGUGAGUGCUGGCAGCUGCCCAACUCUGAGCCUGUAAUACAUGGGGAGGUCCAGUCUCCUCAGUAUCCACGGCCUUACCUUCCCAACCUCCUGAAGCAAUGGGACCUCUGGGUUCCUGAGGGCUACCAGAUCCAGCUGUCCCUGACACACCUGGAUAUUAAAGCUACUUUGGGCUGCUAUCAAGACUCACUGACGGUUCUCUAUGAUCAAAAGGUCUUGGGGAAGUUCUGUGGCCAAGAAAAUUCAACUGAUCACCCAGGCCAAGAGUCAGUCCUUUCUCAAGGCAACAGAAUGACUCUCAUAUUCCAAACAGGUGACUCCACCCCAGAGGACCAACAGCACAUUGGCUUCUCUGCUGCCUACAAGGCAAUAGACAUAGAUGAGUGUUCAAAACCAGACUCUGAAGAUGGCUCAGGUCCACUUUGCUCUCAGAUCUGCAUCAACACCCCCGGCUCUUACCGCUGCUCCUGCCACUAUGAUUACAAACUUCAUUUAGAUCAGCGCACAUGUUUGUUAUCCUGUGGAGGUUGUAUAUUUGACAAACAUGAGGGACAUCUGUCCAGUCCAGGGUACCCUCGUCCCUCACCUCCUUUUCUGUCCUGCAAGUACAUCAUCUCUGUGGAGCCCAGAUUCACUGUCACUCUCAACUUCACUGACAACUUCCACAUAGAGAGCAUGGACACUCAGCAGGGUCCCAAGUGUCUACAUCACUGGCUGCAGGUGACAAUUCCAGAUAGGGAGCCCAUGAAGCUGUGUGGUGGAAAGAGUCCAGGUCUGAUAGCUACAAAUUCCAGUACUGUCAGACUGGACUACCACACUGAUAAUGAAGGCCUGAGUCACGGUUGGAGCCUGGACUACAGCACAGAUGUUGUCAAAUAUCCAUUGAAGAAAUGUGGCUAAAGACAGAGUGACUCCCGUCAUAACU